AGACCACGAAAGCCAUGAUUGCCACCAAAUUCUCCGUGCUUCAGCACGUGUGCGUCGUCGCCUUUACACGUGCCUCCCGCCAUCGUUCCUUCACCGUCUCCGCUUCCGUCCUCCUGGGCAUGUCUGAACAUGACCUUCAACAACUCGCCGUCGAGUUUGGCCAGCGAAGUUACAGAGCAAAGCAGCUACACCAUUUAAUUUACAAGGAAGGCAAAAGAAUUCAAGAUUUUAGUCAUCUGCCUCAAGCAUUUAGAAACGAUCUUAUAGAAGCUGAUUGGAAAAUAGGAAGGUCUCCAAUUUAUCACACUGUUACUGCUGCCGAUGGAACUGUUAAGUUAUUGAUAAGUUGGAGGAUAACAGAUUGAUCGAACGGUUGGCAUUCCAGUGAAGAUAAAAAGGGUUCAAUGCGACUUACUGCAUGCAUAUCAUCACAGGUAGGCUGCCCGUUGCGCUGUUCAUUUUGUGCCACUGGAAAGGGAGGAUAUUCAAGGAAUUCUUCAGAGGCAUGAAAUUAUCGAGCA